GCGCACUCUAGGCUGUCUACCUACACCUAACAUCGUCUCUAUCUUCACUUCCACUGCUCAGAUCUUGCUGAAACUCUGCACAUGCCUGCAGUCACCCACCGCCACCUCACCAUCCAAGUCAUGCAGGCUCGGCUUCGACUACUGAUGCGUGAGCCCGAAACCUCUGAGAUCCUCGAGCUACGAGCCCUGCACCUCGAAUACCUACAUCGUCUGCUCCUCAUGCGGUACACGAGUCGACCGAGGAAGUAUCAGCGUCGUGUUAGAUCGCUCAACAACGCCAACGGCUUCUCGAACAGUGCACCGCUAUCUGUCGAAGAGAUACGUCUCAACUCGGCUGAGUUUGGUGAUCUUCUCGAGCGUGUAACGCCUCUGUGGCCCACCACGCCAGGGAGAGGCUGUAAGCAAGCUCCGAUAUCGCUUCAGUUGGCAUGCUUUCUAUACCGACUAGCCCACAAGGCCUUGCCGUUUCAUCGUGUAGCAGACAAGUUCAGAAUCACUCGCUCCUCUGCACUCAACUACUUCAUUCGAGGAGCCGCCGCAGUCGCGAAGCUAGCACCUUCGGUGAUAGAAUGGCCUACAGAGGAGCGCAGGCUAGCAAUCAAGAGUGCGAUCGCUGCCGAUUAUGAUAUCCCCAACUGCGUCGGCUUUCUAGAUGGCGUACACGUUGUCUUAGAUCGUGCACCUGCUCUCGAGAAGCAGUUGCAGGCUAAGUUCUACAACCGCAAGGGCUGCUACUCCCUCAUGAUGAUCGCUUCAUGCGAUGAAACCAAGCGGUUCACGUAUCUGCAAGCUGGCUACAACGGCGCGGCGUCGGAUAUGCGCGCACAACGUGAAUGUACGUUGACAACGUCGCCUGAGCUCCUCUUCUCCAAGGAAGCCUCGUAAUAGACCGUAUGAGCCCCAUAUGCUCUACUUCAACCGCAAGGGCGCGCAGCCUCGUGUCAAGAUAGAGCACGCCUUUGGGAUGCUCAAGCUACGUUGGCAGGCCCUCAAGGGGCUCGGCGCACGCCUCAGUCACCGCAAAUUUGAUCACCUCAUCACCUGGGAGGUGGUCAAGGCUG